GUGUUCAUCGCGUCACCUUCCGUAAGAGAGUGUGCGAAAAUAAAAAAUUCAGCCAGAGAAGGCAAUCCGAAAGGGAGAGGAAGGGAUUGGAAAGCUAGGGUUUUCGCCAUGGCCGUCGCUCCCUUGGAGCUCGAAUCCAUUCUUGCGACGCUCUGUUCCUAGCUUCUGCAUCUCGCAUCCCCACAAAAGAAGCCGCCCGCUUUGAUUCCCCUCCCCCAUUCGAGGGUUUCCCUCCCCUCCCCUCCCCUUCCCUUCCCCCAAAUCGAAUCGCCGCAUUGCCGGCCGAGCAAGCAACCUACCCACCCGCCCGCCUACCUUCAAGACGGCGCUGGCGAUCCAGCAGGGGGCGAGGGCGGCGGAGGCGGCCGGAUAAUCGAUGUGUCCGCUGUGCUCCGUGCAGCGCUGGUCGCGCCGCGUCGCCACCAUGCUCCCGUGGCUCGUCAUCCCCCUCAUCGCCAUCUGGGCCAUCACCCAGCUGCUCCUCCCGGCCGCCUACCGCUUCGAGGUCACCUCCCCGCGCCUCGCCUGCGUCUCCGUCCUCCUCCUUACCCUCUUCUGGUAUGAGAUCCUCCUCCCGCGCCUCUCCCUCUGGCGCGCCCGCCGCUCCGCGCGCCUCCGCGAGGAGCGCCGCGCCCACGCCCUCGAGCUCCACAAGCUCCGCAAGACCGCCACCCGCCGCUGCCGCAACUGCAGCAACCCCUACAGGGACCAGAACCCCGGCGGUGGCAAGUUCAUGUGCUCCUACUGCGGCCAUGUCUCCAAGCGCCCCGUGCUGGACCUUAAUUCAGCCGGGAAGGUGCCCACCGGAUGGCCUUGCUCUCAGGAUUGUGGAUACUGGCUCGACCUCCGCUGCUCCUCCGGCAAUAACAACUCAUUCUUGGCAUUCUCAUGGCGCCUGCUGUCGUCCUUUUCCUCGACAGUAGCAAGCUGGUUCUUGAGGAAGAUAUUCAGAUUUACAUCGUCAGGGGAUGAUGAGGGCUUGGGCCCAGAUGGUAAAAGGUUGGCAAAGAGAGGGGAGAAUGUUGGAAAAGCUGAGGAGAGCAGGGUCGAGAAGGCGAGGAGGAAGGCGGAGGAGAAGAGACUGGCGAGGCUGGAGAGGGAAAUGCUGGAGGAGGAAGAACGGAAGCAGCGUGAGGAGAUGGCAAAGCUAGUGGAGGAACGGAGGAGGCUGAGGGAUGAAAAGGCAGAGGCUGAGGAGAGGUCCAAAAGCGCUACCCCUGUUGGGGAGAAGGAUGCUAGGAGGGAGGCAGAGAGAAGGCGGCAGGAGAGGAGGAAGAAAGAGGACAAGGGGUCAAGCAAGAGCAAUUCAGAUUGUGAGGACAUUGAUAGAAGAUUGGGCCGCGAAGGUGAUAGGAAGCGAGACUUCGACAGAAAGGGUGACUUGGACAAGCGUGAGGGUUAUAAGCCUCAUUACUUUGAAGCUAACAAUCAUAGUAAUAAGACAGUGGAGAGCAGAACAAAGUACUUUGGCCGUAUGACGGGUAGUUUCUUAUCUUCAUCAAGAGGUUUUGGUGGUGGUUCCUUCUUUGGCAGAAGUGCUCAGCCCCCUGCACCUCAAGUUAACAAGGUUAGUAGACCUGUAGUUCCUGCAACUGACCAGGGUAAUGCACUCAAAAGAGAAACCCAACAUACAGCCACUCAAGUUACAGCCAAACUCGCUACAGCUGGAGAAACCAGAAAUUCGUGGGCAAAUUUUAAUCGACCUGUUAGUCCAAAUGUGCAGCCACACCCUACGGGCCUUAAAAAGUCAUGGCAUCAGCUGUUUAGUCGUUCAGCAUCAGUGUCCCCUUGUCCUGAUGUUACAACUUCAGCCCGUGAUAUGAAUAGGAAGCCAGAACCAAAUGGAGCACAAAUAAGCAAUGCUCAUAUAUUUCUGUCUCAGUAUCCUCCUCUGGAAAGCAAGCCAUGUUCAAGCCAGUCCAUGCAAUUUCCAGGUUUCCCACCGCUUAAUGGAGCACCCCCCAUUAAGCCAUUACCUCAUUUUCCUGCUGGACACAUGCCCUUCUAUGAUGAUGCAGAAUCCACAGUAUUUGAAGAACCAGAACAAUUUGAAGACCCGUGCUAUGAUCCAGAUGCAAUUGCAUUACUUGGGCCAGUUUCAGAGUCUCUGGAUAACUUCCCUUCGGACUUGGAUUGUGGGUUCAUCUCAAGUGAUAUCACCAAGGAAUCGCAUGGGAGGCCUUCACCCAUUGAGUCCCCUCUCUCAAGAUCUCGAACAGUUGAAGAGAAUCCUAUUAAGCCUCCGCACUCAUCAGUCACAAAAGGGCCUGGUGGUUCCAUUUUGCCUGAGGCUAACAGUGAACAAGGCACUUGGCAAAUGUGGAGCACGCCAUUGGUUCAGGAAACUUUAGGUCUGCAAGGUCCUCAGAGUCAGUGGCUUCGACAACACACUAAUCAAUUUAACCAUAGUGUCAAUCUAUUCAAUGGUGGAACAGAAAGCUCCCUGAGUACUGGUUUGAAUGACAAUGAUCCAUGGCUGCAGAAAGCACCCUUUCAGCAACUGCCCCCUGAUACACCAAGCCUGUUUCUUCCACAUGAAGUACAAGGAAAAGCUAUACACAAUGACUUGGUUUUUGGGUCUCCAAACAAAUCAGCCCAUGAACACCCCUUUGGGCCGCCUGGCCAUUCUUGGUCUAAGGAGGAACUGGUGCUGAAUGGAACUCAGGAAGCAAAGCAUAUAUCAUCCCCGCCUUGUGCACAUGUUGGUGGUGGAGGCUUAUUUUCCUCAACAAGUCCUGAUGUACAAUCAGUGUGGUCCUUCAAUGAAAAAGAGACAGCAUAGAACGAACUUUGAUUAUAUAGAGGGAACGAGAUGUCGAGCCAAGACUUCCUUGCCUCCUUACAGUGAUGUAGGGGUUAGUGAGGAGAUGAGAUGGUGGACUGUGUUCCUUGAUGCAAAAGUAUGAUGAUUUUGUUAAGUAGCACUCACCUCACCAGUUAACAUGCGCCCAUGCCUUGCAUUAGGCCUGUCUAACCUGAGUGAUGUGUUGGGGGGCAUUUCAUCAUAUUAACUUCCGGAUUCAAUGAAAAAUCGGGAUGGGGACUUGCUUAUUGCGCA